AUGCUGCAGGCACUUACUGGACUACAGUUUCAGCUCAGAGGAAAGCUACAGGAUCAAAAGUGGCUGGACAAGCACCCUCAAGAAGAAGCCCAUGCACAUUAUUCACAGUGUCAUAUGCCAGUUUCACAGUAUCCUGCGUUCAAUGGAUUUUUUCCAAUGGGAACACACUUUUCAGCAAACAAAGCUCCAGCAAUCUCAGAGGUACAAACACACUUGGAAAAUCAGUCUAGAUACCACAUACAUCAGAGCCAGAGGCACCAGGUGAAGCAGUACGUGACCCUCGAUACCAAGCUGUCCAGCCAGACGCUCUCACUGUCCCACUCUCAUACAAUCCAGCCCGUGGGAGUGACCUCCAUUCUCCGGAACGGACACAUGCCUCCAGUGAGCAGCGCUGGCACUCCGGAAAGCCCUGUCACCAAACUGCUGGCCCUUGGGGGCGAACACGAAAAUGCGAUGGAAGAAGUUAUUGAAGACAUAAUCAAUAUGGAAUCAAAUUUUAAUGAUGAAGGGAUAGGUUGUUCUGAAACUCCUUUAUUAAUGCAAAGAACUCUAUCUAGCAGCAUUUUGGAUAUAUAUAACAGUGACCAGGGAAUGGCACCAGCUAAUAUGGGUCUCACAAAUGCUUCUUGCCCAGCUAAUCUACCAGUAAAAAGGGAACUUACAGAAGCAGAUACAAGAGCAAUGGCAAAGGAGAGACAAAAAAAGGAUAACCACAAUCUCAUUGAGAGAAGAAGAAGGUAUAAUAUUAAUUACCGAAUCAAGGAGCUUGGCACACUCAUCCCCAAGUCUAAUGAUCCUGAUAUGCGCUGGAACAAAGGAACUAUUUUAAAAGCAUCGGUAGAGUACAUCAAGUGGCUACAAAAAGAACAACAGAGAGCCAGAGAAUUAGAACACAGACAGAAGAAAUUAGAGCAUGCUAACAGAAGACUUCUGCUCCGAAUUCAGGAACUGGAGAUCCAGGCACGUGCACACGGCCUUCCAGUCAUGUCUUCACUCAGUGCUGUUGAUUUAGCUGCACAAGUCAUCAAGCAACAGUCUUAUCCAGAGGAGAACUCUGUAGACUACUCUCAACAAAUGACUCUGGUACAUGGACAAAAUUCUGAUGUCUGCGAUGGAUCUACAGCCUUUUCUGAUCCACUUUCACACUUCACAGAUUUGUCUUUCAGCGCAGCUUUAAAAGAAGAACAACGACUAGAGGAAAUUUUAUUGGACGACACAGUGUCACCAUUUGGAACAGACCCACUCUUGUCCUCCACAUCUCCAGCUGCAUCAAAAGAGAGCAGCAGGAGAAGCAGCUUUAGCACAGAUGAUGGAGAUGAUUUAUAAAAGCAGAAAGGGUCUCAUACUUCUCUAAACACUUGUUAAAAGACUGAGUUGAACGUAAGCAUGGUGUUUGCUCUUGUAUUAAAUACCUAUAAGGAGAGACACUAUAAAA